AUCAAUUUUCUAACGCCUCGAACCUUAGACAUUUGAAAAGAUUCAGGAGUUUAGAUACAAUUAAUGAAUCAUCAGAUGUGCCACCACAUUUUCCAAUAACUGCUCUUGGAGAUCGCUUUAACAUUUAUGAUAACGAAGAAUCGCGUACUGGUAUAAAUAAAAUGAGUAAAAAAGUUACCACUAUAAAAAACUCAGUCGAUAAGAUGCCUGUAAUUCCACGAUUUUAUUUUCCGGUUAUAUCAAAAAUUCAAGAAAAUCGACCUGAAUCUGUUCUGGUAAUAGAAUGUGGUUUACCUCGUUAUAUGAGUGUGGCAUUAUUUUGUAAAAUGGUUGAGCUUGGAUGCGCCAAUGAACGUGUAACUUUUGAACAAUUUGAGAGUCUUGAAAGGUAUAUUAGGAAUGAAUAUUAUUUUAAACCAAUUGAAAGUGUUAAUGAUGAUAGUUACUUUUUUCGACUUGAAGAUAUAGUAAUGACCCAUCCUGGACUAGAAUUUCUGAGAAAAAAUCUCGUAUUUCGAGAACGUUAUGUCGAAACUGUAAUCUGUCGACUUUUUUAUGAUUAUAAUCGUAAUUGGUCCGGUAAAAUGACUUACAAAGAAUUUAAAAGAAUGGAUUUACCAGGAAUGUUGAGAAACUUGGAAUCAAAAAUUGAUCUAAAUCAUAUUUGCGAUUACUUUUCGUAUAAACAUUUUUAUGUAAUAUAUUGUAAAUUUUGGGAACUUGAUAAUGAUUACGAUUUACGUAUAAGUAAAAAAGAUCUUGCUCAAUAUUCCGAUAAUGCAUUAACCACAAGGAUGGUUGAUCGUGUAAUGCACGGAUAUGGAAAAAUGACUGAUUUGUCACCAAAAGAACAUGAUCCGAAAAAUCCAAGAAUGAGUUAUAGAGAUUUUAUAUGGUUUCUCUUGUCAGAAGUUGAUAAAUCUACAAACACUUCUAUUGAAUAUUGGUUUCGAUGUUUAGAUUGUGAUGGUGAUGGCGUGUUAAGUGUGUACGAACUUGAAUGGUUUUAUGAAGAACAAUUUAAUCAUCUUAAACGGUGUAAACAAAAUGCACCCCAGUUCUUUGAUAUGUUUUUUAACAUUUCUAAAUUUAUCGCUUACGAACAUUAUCAACAACAAUUAGAUGAAAUGAACGAAAUCGAUGCAUAUGUUAACAUAGAAUAUAACAAAUUGUUACAUGCUGAACAAGAAAGAC